AUAUUUACAUAUUUUUUUGUGUUACAUGUAAACAAAACAUUCCAUGUCUUAGAUAUUUAUGGAAUAUACUUAUAUGUCUGACAGAUUUUGAUAAAUAAAUAGAUUUUGUUUGCAUGCAAGGGCUCACAAUUAAAGAAGGUUUAUAAUUUUUGAUUAGCAAACCAUGUGCAAUUGCUCUUGCUCUUUUAGCCAAAACACAUGCAAUUUGCUUAAAUAAGAAGUUCGAACCUAGUGUGAACAAGAAAUGUCUCAGUUUAGGAGUGUAAACACUGUUCCCUGAGAAUGGAACGAGACGCUGCGUCAUAGUAUUAACGCGUUGGGAAUGCCUCUGCGUGAUUGCUUCUAAAGCACAUGUGUGAAAUCAGUCCAAUGGCGAAACAGAAUGUCACAGGUGGGUGACAUCAUGACCAGGAAAACAUAAAAGCACAUCUGGAAUGACCAGCGUUAACUUCUAAAGAGCCAGGGAUGCACAAAGUAUGGCAGGGCAACGCAAGGGUUGCAGUCGUAACCCGAGACAUUCCCUUUUCAAGGAAAUUUUAUUGACACUUUGGAAACUACAGUAUAAAACCCAAACUACCAUGCUUACAAGUGCCUGUCUGUGUGAAUACUGCAAGCACAACUAAGAGAAAAGCACCUGUAAACCUGGAGCAGAGCCCAAGUCCAAAUCAUGAAAUCGAAUGUGAGCUGAGAGGACCAGUCCGCUGCAUCACACAUAUUUUAUCAGUGCAAACUCAAGGCAUGUAGGGGACACCGACAGGGCCUGGAGGAAACGUGUCACCAACGGGUUUCUCCCCAGGGAUACACCACCCAAAGUGUUCCUUUGUGCUGGAGAAAGCACACUCGACAUCUCGAUGCCAAACCACCAUCUGCUCUGACUGAGCUAGGAUUAGGCAAUCGUCUAUAUAAUUUAACAUAUGGAUGCCCUGGAGCAAAGGAGCCAAGGCUGCUUCCACACAUUUUGUGAAAUUGUGGGGUGAUAAAGCUAGACCGAAGGGAAGAAUCCAAUAUUCAUAAGCUUCUCCCCCAAAAUUGAACCUCAGGAACUUCCUGUGAGGUGGAAGGAUGGAUAUGUGGAAGUAUGCAUGUUUGAGAUCUAUCGUGACAAACCAGUCCUUGGAUCUGAUUUGAGUCACAAUUUGCUUCAAAGUCAACAUUUUGAACUUGAGCUUCUUGACUGAAUGAUUCAAACUGCGCAGAUCUAAAAUUGGACGCAACCUCCCAUCCUUUUUUGGAAUGAUGAAGUACCAGCUGUAGAUCCCAGACUCUCUUAUGCCUGGUUCAGACUACACGAUUUUAGCCCGAAUCUGGCACGAUCCGUUUGACGUAAGUGUCGUAGGGAUUCGUAAACGACAAUGGAGGUCGGGACGCAAGAUUUGAUCGUUUCAUCUCGUAUAGUGUGUCAUAGUAUACGACAACCGAAACCGCGUCUGCGAUAGUUCACGACAACACGGCAGAAAGACUAGCAUGUUGAAUUUUUUUUGCGGUCCUUCACGACGGGUUCCGUCACAUGGGUGACGCUGACCAAUCGGAGCACAGACGCUUUUUGUACACAACUUUCAAACAUGGCGAAACGCAAGAGAGAUGAUGGUGCGGCUAGGUGGACUUAUGAAUUGGAGGAAAAGUUCGUGGAGCUGUGGCAACAGUACGGCUGCCUGUACGAUGUCACAGCGAGGGACUACCACGACAGGUUGAAAAAAGAAAAAUGCUGGAGAACGAUAGCGGAAGCCAUCAAGCAACCCGUUGGUGAGGUACAAACAAAAGCUGCUUCCCUCCGAACACAAUAUGGUAAAGUACUCCGUCCAAAGCCAAGUGGCAGUGGCGACAAAGAAUUAACUACCAGACAGAAAUGGAUUUUAAAUAACCUGCAGUUUCUACAACCAUUUGUUGUUCACCGUGUGUCUCAGUCUACACUGAAUUUGGAUGACUUAGAACAGAGCAUCACUGAUGAGGGUGGAGAAGACCAGGAGACAGAAGAGGAUGUGUGUGAGUCAUCCACCUCCACCUCCCACCACACAUCUACAUCUUCAACUCCACAAACCCCACUUGAAACCUCAUCAUCUCACCAUCAUCACAAGGUCACAAUCAAUCCUGAAAGGGCAAAUUACAAGGCCAAACAAAAAUCAAGAGACAAAUCAUCAGAUGAACUUGAAAUAGAGAAAGUUAACAUUCUUAAAAAUAUGUCUGAAUCACUAGUAGAUGCCAGUAAGGAUGUUGAUCAAACAUUUGGCAAACAGGUAGUGACCGAGAUGAAGCUGAUCAAAGACCCACUGACCAAAAUGAGAUUGCGUCGCAACAUCCUUAUGAUGUUAUAUGAUGCACAUGAGAAUGAGGCCAGAUUAGCAUUAGACCCCCCACGAGCUUUACGACCCCAAACAACUUGGCAGGGACACACAAAUUUUAAUCAACCCUACCAAAACACAUCCAAUCAUGUACCCUCUGCAACACCUCCAGUGAGCUAUCUCAGGGCAGUAGAAGAGGCAUAUGACCAGGAAAGAGACAGGAUGUAGGGUCAAGUCUUGAUCUGUUUUUGUUUUUUGUUUUCUGAUGGUGCUAGACUGCAGUCACAUUGUUGGUUUUGCUGUUUUUUGUUGGCACUUUAUCAGCCGUUGAUGUUUAUUCUGUUCUGCAAUAUUUGCAUAUUUAAAAAAGUGAAUAAAUUUUUUUGUAAAGAGUAAAGAAAAGAGAGUGUAAUUUAUUUUUAAUAAAAGUUUUUAAUAAGGAAAA